AUGGUUCGCAUCCGGUAUCCAUUCGCAGGCGCAUUCAUAUUCCUCCUCAUCCUCGCCGGGUACAUUGGACUUCUUCCACAUAGCACUUCUCCCACCAUUCCAGCCGAGCUACAACCCAAUGAUAAGGUUCUCCACCUACUCACAUUCUUCCUCCUAUCGAUAGCCUUCUACUGGAUCCUUGAUACCUCGCGCCGACGUACUUUGCAUUUGACUCUCCUUGUCUGUACACUUGGGCUAGGCGUUGGAUCGGAAAUAGUUCAAGGAUUCCUGCCUAAUGGGCGGGAUUUCGACCCAUUCGAUGUUCUUGCCAAUAUAGUCGGAAGUCUCGGAGCCAUUGGGCUAAGCGGCUGGUACCACCGCCGGAUGCUGGAGCGCCGUCGGAAGACUCGUUAUAGCAUGAUGGAUGGUGGAAAUGAAGAUGUCGAGCUUGGUGGAGUCGGUCCCUCGCACAGCGAAGAUGGUUUGGGUCCUCAAGAAACUGGCGUUUUGAACCUCGAGCAGGAGGUGGACAACUGGGACGAGAAUGCGAUUGAUAGUUGGGAUACCGAAGACGGCCCCGACCCAGCCGAGUCAAAUGCACCUCCUGGUUAUCAUGAGAACGGCCCGGGCCCAGCUAUUGAUGCUACUGGAAAGCGCAGUGACUAG